CUCUGCUCUUGGUCUGCGGAGACGAUAGACGGCAGCUAAAGAGGAAAGACUAGGGCGGAGCAGCUAGGAAAGGGCCCAGGCACCGGGCGUCCGGAGGGGGCUGCGACGACGCGGCAGCCUCCGCCCUCCAGCGGCGCGCACGGCCGCCUCGGUCGCUGUCAUGGCCGCCUGACCACGUGACGCCGGCUCCGCGCAGGCCCGGUUUCCUGUCGCUCGGCCUCUGUAGCCUAGUUCUCCGCCUCCCUCCCUUUCUCGCUUGCAGACUCGGACCCUGCCUUUCUUCUCUCAGGAGGACUGCUGUCCAGACUCCCAGAGAUCCGGAAACAUCUAGAGAAAAUGACACAUUGGUUUCAUAGGAAUCCAUUAAAAGCCACAGCUCCUGUUUCUUUUAACUACUAUGGCGUAGUCACUGGUCCUGCUGCUUCAAAAAUUUGCAGUGACUUGAAAUCAUCCAGAGCUCGACUGCUUGAGCUGUUCACUGAUUUGAGCUGUAAUCCAGAAAUGAUGAAGAAUGCAGCAGAUUCAUAUUUUUCCCUUUUACAAGGUUUCAUAAAUUCAUCGGACGAAUCUAGCCAAGAAAGCAAGUUACGAUAUAUUCAAAAUUUCAAGUGGACUGAUACGCUACAAGGACAGGUUCCCAGUGCCCAGCAGGAUGCUGUUUUUGAAUUAAUUUCCAUGGGAUUUAAUGUAGCUUUGUGGUACACCAAAUAUGCUUCAAGAUUGGCUGGAAAAGAAAAUGUCACAGAAGAGGAAGCAAAACAGGUCCAUCGAAGCCUGAAAAUUGCAGCUGGGAUUUUUACACAUUUAAAGGAAAGUCAUAUCCCAAAGCUUAUCACACCUGCGGAAAAGGGAAGAGAUUUAGAAGCACGACUCGUAGACGCAUAUAUUAUCCAGUGUCAGGCUGAAGCUCAAGAAGUAACAAUUGCUCGAGCAAUUGAACUAAAACAUGCUCCAGGAUUAAUUGCUGCUCUGGCCUAUGAAACAGCCAAUUUCUAUCAAAAAGCUGAUCAUACUUUAUCCAGUUUGGAGCCUGCCUACUCUGCUAAAUGGAGAAAAUACCUUCUCUUGAAAAUGUGUUUCUACACAGCUUAUGCUUACUGUUACCACGGUCAGACUUUGUUGGCUAGUGAUAAAUGUGGUGAAGCAAUCCGGUCUCUCCAAGAAGCAGAAAAAUUUUAUGCCAAGGCAGAAGCAUUGUGCAAAGAAUAUGGAGAAACCAAAGGACCUGGACCAACAGCCAAACCUUCGGGACACUUAUUCUUUCGGAAACUUGGAAGUCUUGUGAAGAAUACUCUAGAAAAAUGUCAGAGAGAAAAUGGAUUUAUUUACUUUCAAAAAAUUCCAACAGAAGCCCCACAACUGGAACUCAAAGCAAAUUAUGGUCUUGUAGAGCCUGUUCCUUUUGAAUUUCCUCCUACGAGUGCACACUGGACACCGGAAACGCUGGCUGCAUUUGAUCUCACCAAGAGACCCAAGGAUGACAGUACCAAACCCAAACCAGAAGAAGCUGUAAAACCUGUGAAAGAACCAGAUAUUAAACCUCAAAAGGACACUGGGUGCUACAUCUCCUAAAAUCCAUCCAUAUGGUGUGCACUUUGAAUUUCUCUACUAGUAGAUAAGAUGAAACCAUGAACUUCAGUUCCUACUUCUUGAAAUGAUUUCUCUGAAGCCUGCAGAAUAAUUUAGUACAUUCAGAGGGAAUCUGCUUUCAGUCUAUUUGUUCUUGAUUUUUAAUGUAGUGGAGAGGUGUCAAUCUUUGUUUCCACACUCCUUUUUAACCAGGACAACGUGUGAAAGAUUUUAUUGUGCCUCUGAUGGGCAUAUUUGAGGGUUGGGGUGUUCCCCCCCGCACCCUGAAUUCUGGGUAGUAAUAAGUUACAGGUUAAUAUAUUAUAGGCCAAAACCAUGUGGUUUUAGGUAUGUUUUUUUGUCUUCACAAAAAACGUUUAUUCUUCUUAUUUGAUACCACAAGAAUGACAGGAGUCUGUUUUUGACAGUUUUUUCCUUCACCGUUUUGUUAAUUGUAGCAUAGACUUGUUAUGUUCUGAGUCAGUGAACUUUUCUGGUGGGAAAAAGAAAGUUAUUUAUAUAGUUAAACAUCAGAAAAUCUUCAUACCAAAUCCCUUCCACACUUUUCAGUCUAUAAUUUACUGAAAAAUUGGUGUUUACAGGUAUGUUGAGACCAUUUAAGAACUUACUCCUAUGUUGUGUAGCCCUCCACUUCGUUUCAGUUUCCAUAAACCUGCAAUGAUUUUACAAGCACCUUUCUAAUGGGCUUUUUACUUAAAGGAGAGAACUUUGUCACAGCCUGUCAUGUUUCUAUAUGGGAGAAGACAGAAUGAAAGGUUUUUGCAGAAGUCAAAUACUGCAUGAUGUGAAGAAAAAACUUGAAACCUAACGGAGACGGAUUAUCCUGGAAUACACACUGGUAACUCUCGACUUCUUUGUUCAAGUUAGAGUAAAAUGCCUUCGUUACCUGAUUUCAGUGUACUUUUCUUUCAUGUGGUUUUCUAAUAUACACAUCCUGUCAGAAAUGUAUUGCUGGAGGCUGGAGGCCAUACAAAAACUUAACAGAGCAAACAGAAACAGUGUCAUUUUAGCAUAGUUUAUAAUAUUUGCAACAAUUAGUAUAUAUACAGACUUGGGGUAUAGUGGAUGCUUAAUAUGUUAACAAAAGUCAUACAUUGGUAUGUUUGUCUUCUUUUGAUUGUUCUCCUGGGGUGUUAGCGAAUUUGCCUAUUAUAAAUGGAUUGGUUCCUUAAUAGAAAUAAUAGUAGUAGUGUAUAUUGAGAGCUUAGGCUGUGCGAGGCACUGUGCUGAAUCCUUCCAUAAACAAGCCCUGGAAUCCACACAGCAACUCCGUGAGAAAUAAGUCAAAUCUGCAUGAAGUGUUGAAAUAGGAAUAAACGCUUCAUUAUGAAGAAUGAAUAGAUUAUGCCUUUCUAAAUCAAUAUUGUGUUCAAAUAAAUGAUUAUUUAAAUCAUAAUUUACACUUGAAAAAAGAUACGUAGAAUCAGAGAGCAAGUUUUUUUUUAAUGUUAUGGAAAUGCUACUGAAAAUAAUAUAUGGAAACACUCCUGGCUGUAAAAAAACAUUGCAUAUUUGAAGCUGCAGUUUCCAGAAUAAGUGGAGUAAUAACUGAAGAGACAAUUUAAUUUUAUUUUGCUGUCUAUAGAAAAAACAUUUUUAUCAAAUUUCACUGUAUUUUGCUAACAAAAUUAUUUGCCUGCUGGUGAUAUGCCAUUUACUGAAAAUUUGGAACAGCGCUUGAUGCCAGCGUAUUACUCUUGGCCUAUAGGAUCUGUUUAUCUUACGUACUACUGCUUAUUAACCUAGCUACUAGAUUUUCACAUUGACGUGGGUCACACUACCUUGUAUGGAAUGAAAACAUGUAACAUGCUCAGUGCUUCUAUAAAAUGCAGUAAAUACAGGUAUUUUAAUCCAUAAUUGGCAACUUUGACAUAAGCAGAUAAUAAAUACUCUGUUGAUUCAGCAAAAGUGAUACUUUAUGACUAAAAUAUCCCAUUAUUUAUCAUAUCCUUUGACAUAGUGUUGGAAAUUUUGGAAAGUUAACAAAUGUAAAGAAGUUGCAUGAAGGUUCUAGAGAGAUGUAACUAUUUGUGUUGACUACUGCAGAGAUUUCAUACUUAGUUUCAAGCGAAUAAUGAUAGCUAACAUACUCUGCUAAAAGUCUUAUUUGUAUAAUGAAUUAUCUUUUAUUUAUGAAAAUAAAAUAAUUUUACUUACA